CUUUUACGAGGAGAAAAAUUCCGUAUGAUGUUAUUGCAUUUCAAACUUUAUACCAACUGAGGAUUGUUCCUAGUUUGAAGGUUUUUUUUUUUUAUUUUGAUAACUUCAUUCUACAGUAUAUAAAUAUUUAAAUAUAAUUUUUUUUAUGAGAUACGUGUUUUAUAUAUAUUCAUAAACGUGUUUAAUUGAAGGCUGUAAGUGUAUAAAAUAUAACUAGAAUGACGGACAAGAAACAAAUAUUUAUCUUAAUAUCAGAGAAUACUCGGUGCGUAGGUUCACUUAUAAAUAAAAAGAGCUUUUAGAGAUUCCCAAUUUUCUCAUUUCUGGACGAGGUUCUUGGGAGAUACAUUCAGAGUCUAAUUAUUUGUCAGAAUACUUUGGAAAAGUCGAAUGAAUUCGUUUUGAAUAGUUAUAUUAACAAUCAGUGCAAGUCAUUAUAAAAUGAGAUAAAGGCGGGUAACGCGUUGAUCGUGACAAUAUAAAACAAAAACAGCCAAACCAGUAAUGCUUGUAUCUGUGUAAAAUCGAGGAACAGAAUGGUGAGGUUGAUAGACAAUUCGUUACAAUUCUUCUUGAUAUUGUUAUUUGUUAGAUGUGCCAGAUGUUCCAAAUAUAUUGAUGGAAAAGACACUGUUCUAGAACAAAGUUUGGAGGACUUUAAGAGACUGUGUCCGUUUACAGACCUGUGUUUCAGCACAGCGCAUGAUAACUUUACCCAUCGUGAACUUUCUCUAUAUCCCUGUUGUUUUUCUUGUGAUUGUGACGUCAACUGCGCCAAUGCAUGCUGUCCGGACAAACCAGAACGGUUUUUAAAUGAAAUCGAAACUCUGGAAAUAAAAGAAUCACAGACUCAAUGUGUCUACGCGCAAAUAAGACCAUACAGUUUAAAGAAAUUGAAUGGAAAGCCGUAUAACAUGAUUGGAAAUUGUCCAUCGAAUUUCACAAAUGAAGAUAUAAAAGUUAAGUGUUCAAGAGAAUACCAUGAUUUCAAUUUUGACCAAGACGACGUUAAAACGCUUAUGCCCAGGUCAUCUGAAACAAUGAACGUUACCUUUAAAAAUGUAUACUGUGCUGUUUGUCACGACGCUGCCGAGAAAACUCAACAUGUUUGGAACACAAAAGUUAUAUGUAAAAAUCAUAGGGAAUUUUUAUUAUCGAAUAUAUCUGAAAUUCACAUUAAGCUUUCUGAAGAAUCACUUUGUCAAAUCUUAUUUGAACCGUCAUUUACAACACCAUGGUAUGCUGUGAAAUCAUGUAGCGGUGAAAUAGAUAAAUGCAAUGUAACAGGGAAUUGGAGACACUUCGACCACAGCCUGGAAUCGGCAUGUCUGUCGUACAGGUCAGAAUAUAGAGGAUUUAAAAAUGUACACUGUUUUCUUUGUAAUGGUCAUACACUAGCAGAUGCUUACAGUGUAUGUCAGCACGAGGACGCGAAGGAUGGCAUGGAUUCAUUUGUGGCACUUUUAGAUUUUAACGAAUUAGAAGUUCCAUCUUACAAAUAUAUAGAAACGAAAUGUUCUAGUGGCUCCAAAUUUGACCCUCUUAAGGUAAGCUUUUGCCAAAUGAUGGUCUUGAUUACUAAUAGAAUCUUCACAGAGCAAAGGCUUAAAUCAAAGGUACUUUCCAAAGUCGCAUGCCAUGUAUAUGUGAUGUAACAAAUUAAUUAACGAUUUCUAAAAGAAGACGAAUGGGAUUGUAACGAUAUAACGAUACUAUUCCGACUUAUAUUGUAAUAACA